AUGUCUCGAGCCCCCGGAUCAUCAAUGCCGUGGGCAGUAAGUGACUCAAGCGAAUAUCUGGAUUUCUUUCGGGGUAUUCUGACCAUCGCACAGGAAUUUUGCUGGGGAUGAUAAUCAAGCUAACCUAAUUCCUCCUAUGAGUCGAAAUGAGAGCACAAGUCUUACAAAGUAGGUCUUUGGCGUCCCCUACCCAAGCUUUUCUUUAAGUCUAAUCAUAUAAAAGCCGCUUGGGUAACGAAAUUGUCUCAAUAUUUGUCGGACCGGACUCCGAAGUCUUCAAGGUUCACAAGACUCUCAUUUGCAUGAUUGACUUCUUUGACAGAGCCUUCAACGGUCGAUUCCUCGAGUCCUCUGGCGAAGUUUCGCUCCCAGAUGAUGACCCCUCAGUAAUCCAUUUACUAGUCGACUAUUUGUACCUCGGAAACAUUCCUUGCCCGCCAACCAUUCACUUGCUACCAGAAGCCGCCAUCGAGUUGAAGAAAAAACACAUUUCGAAUCUAUUCUCCCUCUAUGUUUUCGCCGAGAAGAUCGAUGACGCUGCUUUGAUGAAUAAGACCAUGGAUAUAGUACAGUCUCUUUGCCAUGCCGAAUCAUUCGCCAUCACGCUCGAGGCCUUGCUUGCGGCAUACGAAAAUACGAAGCCGAACUCGAAAUUGCGACUCUUCACUAGUGAACUAUUCAUCUGUGUUCAUCGGCAGCAGAACAACGGAGAGAUACCGGCAGACGAGAUCCGUGCUUUGGUAGCUUCCAUCGAAGAUCAGGAUCUUCUGGUUGAUCUUUUCAUGAAGAAUGGAGAACGCAAUCUUCGAGAUCCUAGAAUAAGAUACGAAGACAACUUUUGUUAUCUUCAUAGUAGAUGUCAUCUAGUAGGCAACUGCCAGACGCCUCACUGUAAUAUGGUAAGCGUCCCGUGUGCUUCUAAUUCAUCACCCAACCAUACGAUUACUGACCAGGGUAUGACUUUCGAAGAUGUAGGCACGGAUUUUGACGAUGUAGUUGGACCAAUUGACCUCUAUAGAGGGUUUUGA